UCAAAGAUUGUGCCGGCUUCGAGGUAGCAAUCACAAUGCAGUUCGUAAAGUAUCUUUUUCUCGCAUUUCUCGGAGUGAAUUUGGCGGUAAAUGCUCAAGAAACAAAACCGGGUAAAGUGGCAGCAAGAAAAGGGGUUCAAUGUCCGAAAUUAAAACUAAAGAACGGGCGCGUCAAGAACCGGUUCAGAGGGAGGCAGGCAAGUUUCCGUUGCCGCUCUGGCUACACUCUCGUCGGCAAGUCCUUUGCCGUGUGUCUGGGUAGAGACUGGUCCCAUCCAGUACCCAUCUGUGUAGCUCCGACAUGCCCUCCCUUCACUGACCUAGACAAAAAGAACUUGCAAGUGGCACAGUGGUACGCUGGUGCUCUCCUGAAGUUCAGCUGUCCACCUGGAUUUGAGAUAGAGGGUUCUGACGUUUUGCUGUGUGAUGGGCGCUCGUGGAACGGGACAGUGCCUGCUUGCAAGUAUGUGCCCCCUGCAAACGGCGCCGCAUCCGUUGCUUGCGAUUUCGAGGAAAACCUUUGCGGCUGGCUUCAGGACAGUGCUGACCACGCUGACUGGAGACGGCACAGAGGACAGACGCCGUCUGCGUACACUGGACCAACUUAUGACCACACUACAAAUUCUACAAAAGGUUUUUACAUCUACUUGGAGUCGUCAGACACAGCGGCUGGACAAAAAGCACGUCUGGUUACCCGGGUACUGGGGGCUGAGACACAAGAACGUUGUUUCCAAUUCUGGUAUCAUAUGCAGGGCCCCAGUCCCAAACUGAUGGGUGACCUGAAUAUCUAUAUCAAGCCAGUUGGACUUCCCGAGGUGUUGCUGUUCCAUAAAAAUGGCACUCAGAGCAUGCUGUCAGACGAGUGGCAGUUUGCCAACGUACACCUGCCAGCCAUGUUACAAGAAUUUCAGAUUGUAAUUGAAGCUGUUGAAGCCACACAUUACGCGGGGUCUUACGUCAGCGAUAUAGCGGUUGAUGACGUUAAUCUGACAUCAUGUCCAAUUAAACAGACAAGCGUAAUCCAGUGGCCGACGCCAUCUUUGACCACUCCAACAACAAAGAAGAAAACUUCUACCCCAGUGUCAACUGUGACUACAGCAUGGACAACACUGACGCCAUUUACACCAACAAUGCCAUCGUUAUCAGCAGUAGCAACCUCUAAAAUGAAUUCAAGACCCACAGAGGUCAACAGAUCAACAACGGAGUCUACCGGUACCAUCGGUUUGAAAGUGUUAACGUUGUCAACAAAUAGCAAAGAAAAAGAUCAAUAUAAACAAACCAAGCACCAAAGUUUCGUGUCUACCGUAAUUACCACACCUCUGAGCAGUUUUGUAUUGAACUUGACGACAGGGGGUCCGCCUACUGAAAGCGAGCUACCAAUUGAAUCCGUGUCAGUGCCGCCAAAGGGACAAGAAUCGCAGUCAAAUGAAGGCGAUAUUGAGAUCCAAAAAUCUACCGAAAGGAACCCUAACAAACGGACUCUUAUCUUUAUUAUAUUUGGUAUAAUUGGAGGGAGCUUGGUGAUGGUAUUUUUGAUAGCCAUGUCAGUUCGUUAUGUUUCACAAAGACGCCGUCAUUUUCAUGAGACUUCACUGAACGACGAUCUCCAUCCGAUAACUGCUUCCAAUGGGACGCCCCGGCACUCAUCCACAAAUUCCGAGAACCCUAUAGAAAUGUUUUAAUUUCAAGAACUAGUUGAUCUGAAACUUCAUGACAAAAUGAGUCAUUCAUUCGAUAGGCCAAAAAAGUAGAAUAAUAUAUGAGAAGAAUAUAGGAGCGGGUUUUUUAUUGUGAAAUGGGGUUACCAUGGUAUGGGGGCGCUUAGGGCACCAAGAGACCUCAAUCCGGUCCUGAGUGACAAUAAGCAUAAAGGCACUUUCAAAACAUAGAAAUCAAAGGAAUUGAUAUUUUUUCAUUUCUUGAAUUUAACUUUGUGGUUUGCUUAAAAGCAAUUUUCAUUAGAGUAGCUGGGUAAUUCGUUGAUAAAUACACCUCCUGCGCAUGCGUCAAUAAUUCAAUCAAUUGAAGGAACAGAGGAAAAUAGAAUUGAUAGCUCAAGCAAAAAAUCUAUUCUUCGGAGAGCUUGCUGCACAGGAAAUCAGCCUGGUACAUCAAAAAGAACGCCAAUUGCAGCUUAAGAGAAUUCAAUCAAACUGCCAGCCAGGUCACAAUGAGAAAAGUUGCACACUGAGAUUAAAUAAGUUUUUUGGACAUCAAUCUCGGUUGUUCUUCAGUGUUCACCAUUGCUGCAACGUCUAAACAUUUUCAUCAAAUUGAAUACACUGUAAUGGAUCUUCAUAGACCUUAACACACAGUCACUGCGUAAUCCUGUUGAGAACAAUAGAGAAAGCCAAAGCCAAAGUUCGUUCUUUUCUGUACUUGCAGAUAACUGCGGAACUAUACACAAUGCUGCGACAAAGGGAAAUAAAAUGUUUCCUUUACUUAGAAACGUGCUGUGAUAGAAUAUCGACCGUUCAUUAGCACAGCUGACGAAAGGUCGCUCUUUAUUGAUAGAGAAUUUGAUCCGAGCGAUGCGGGGAUAAAAGAUAGAUACAUUGCAAUUACCCUAACACGGAUGGGUUUUGUUCCAUGCUUUUACUUAUAAAAAUAG